CCCCCCCCAAAAAAGGGAGGGAGUUUGACAAGACAGGAAAUUAAUUUCCACGGAGGGACAUAAAGGGAGCAAGCAGGGUGGAUUUGUUUUUUUCGGCGUGGAGUUUCCCCUGCGAGACUAUGAAAGAAGACUUGUGCAGGAAGGCCAAAUUAACCAGGAAGGAAAGGGAAGAGGAGGGCGGAGCAAGUAGUCAACGUUGACCCACCUUCAAAAAGAUCCUAUUGGUUGGCCAACAUGUCAAUCAUCUCACUUCCUGUUUGGAGGCGAGGGAGGAGCCGUCUUUCAACUCUUUUCCUUUUCCUCUUAAAAAAAAAGUGAGGCUGAAACAGACUCGUAAAAUGAGCACUCUGUGUCGCUCGCCUUUAUUCUUGCCGUUUCCUGUACGAGGGAAGGCCAUUUUGUAACUCCAGCGAGACUUUUUCACCUCUUUGUUCUACCCCUGCCACUUUUGUUGUUUGUUUGUUGUCACAUUCAAGAGUGUGGACUUUCUCUUCAGCAUAGCACAAGAAGGAAAAAGUGCCAGCAGAAGAAGAAAAAGUUGGAGGAAGAGAAGGCUAAUUUCCAUCCCAGCGUGAGGGUGUUUUGUUUCUCAUGUAAGAGAGAGGGAAGACACAGAGAAAGGCAGAAAAUAGUUCCUGGAGCGAAGGAUCGCUUCCUUUAUUCCACGGGGAAGCUGUGCUCCACGUUCCUGCGUGGAUGAGCCAGUGAAUACUGUGUCGAGCGCUUCAUAGCAGAGCUUCUCGAGGAUGGCCAGCCCCUGCAUGCCCUCGGGACCCCCAGGCCAUGUCUUCUUUCCUCCAGGAGCUUCCGCUCUGCACGGUUCGGCCGCUGUGAGCCCAGUUCCAGUGGCCUCCGUGUCCUCCCAGGGUGGCUUCAACGUCAUGGACAUGAACCACGGACAGGGUUCUUCAGGGGGUUCCAGUGUUCCUGCCCAGGUGCCUCCAACUCCUGCAGGGGUCUCCUUCAGCAUCCAGAUCGGUCUGACGAGAGAGUCGGUGCUGAUGUUACAGAGUGCAGACUUGGCCUAUGUUAAACAAAUUGCCUGCUCAAUUGUUGACACCAAGUUCCCGGAGUGUGGUUUCUAUGGUAUCUAUGAUAAGAUAUUGCUGUUUAAGCAUGACACAUCAACAAGCAACAUCCUGCAACUGGUUAAAACUGCCUCUGACAUUCAGGAGGGGGAUCUGGUGGAGGUGGUCCUCUCUGCGGCAGCCACAUCUGAAGACUUCCAGAUUCGGCCCCAUGCUCUAAACGUACACUCCUAUCGGGCCCCGGCCUUUUGUGAUUACUGUGGAGAGAUGUUGUUUGGACUGGUCAGACAAGGUCUCAAAUGUGAUGGGUGUGGACUGAACUAUCACAAGCGCUGCGCGUUUAGCAUCCCAAACAAUUGUAGAGCAAGGAAGAGGCGAUUGUCCACCACCUCUGUUGGAAGCAGCCAGUCCCUGCAGCUGUCCACCAGCGAGUCUGUUUACAGUGUUGGGACCGCAUCUACUUGUACUGAGGACUCUGGCCUGGUCCGCUCACACACUCAAAUGCCCCGGACGCCAAGUGAGACUCGCCGCUUCUACACGGGCCGACCCGUACAUCUGGACAAGAUCUUGAUGAGCAAAGUGAAAGUGCCGCACACGUUUGCCAUCCACUCGUACACGCGUCCGACAGUGUGCCAGUACUGCAAGAGGCUCCUCAGAGGGAUAUUCAGGCAGGGCUUGCAGUGUAAAGACUGCAAGUUUAACUGCCAUAAACGCUGCGCAUACAAAGUUCCUAACGACUGUCUGGGGGAAACCAUUGGAGAAAACAGAAGUAACAGUGACAUGUUAAGUCCCAGUGCUGACCCUGAGGUGCCUAUGGACUACACCAGUGACUAUGACUCCACAGACAAGUUACCAAUGGACGAUUCAGACGAGGCUUGCAGCAUCCCGGGCUCCUUCUCUCCUGAGAGUAACCAAGAUGGAGUCAAUGCAGACCAGAGUGUAUACAUUCCACUCAUGAGGGUGGUCCAGUCAGUCAGACAGACAACCCGUCGAUCCAGCACAGCUAUCAAAGAGGGAUGGAUGGUUCACUACAGCAAUAAGGACACAUUGAGAAAGAGACACUACUGGCGUCUGGACUGUAAGUGCAUCAUCCUUUUCCAGAACAACACCUCAAACAAAUACUACAAGGAGAUCCCUCUCUCAGAAAUCCUAGAGGUGCGACCUGCUGGCAAUUUCACUCUGGUACCAUCCGGGACAAACCCACACUGCUUUGAGAUCAUCACGGGCACCAUGUGCUACUUUGUGGGUGAAGACCCCAACACCCUUCCUCCCCUGUCUAAUCAACAUGCCACCCCCCAGUCACCUCCAUCCCCCAGCCAAGUGGCACCCAAUAGCGGUAUCGGGCGUGAGGUGGCCAAGGUGUGGGAGAACGUCAUCCGUCAGGCCCUCAUGCCGGUCAUCUUCCAGGAUGCCCCCACAGCAGAGGGGAAUGCCACUCAUAGGCAAGCUUCUGUCAGCAUUUCUGUAUCUAACAGUCAAAUACAAGAAAAUGUGGACAUUGGAACAGUCUAUCAAAUCUUUGCAGAUGAAGUUCUGGGAUCUGGACAAUUUGGAGUUGUCUAUGGAGGAAAGCACCGAAAGACUGGGAGGGAUGUGGCAGUCAAAGUUAUUGACAAACUCCGCUUCCCAACUAAGCAGGAGAGCCAGCUAAGGAAUGAGGUGGCCAUCUUACAGAGUUUGCGCCACUUGGGCAUUGUCAACCUGGAGUGUAUGUUUGAAACCCCGGAGAAGGUUUUUGUUGUCAUGGAGAAGCUCCAUGGCGACAUGCUUGAGAUGAUCCUCUCCAGCGAGAAGGGCCGACUGCCUGAGAGGCUCACCAAAUUCCUCAUCACUCAGAUCCUCGCAGCCUUGCGACACCUGCACUUUAAGAACAUCGUCCACUGCGAUCUCAAACCUGAAAAUGUGCUGCUUGCCUCUGCUGAUCCUUUUCCACAGGUGAAAUUGUGUGAUUUCGGCUUUGCCCGAAUCAUCGGGGAGAAGUCGUUCCGUCGUUCAGUAGUCGGUACGCCGGCUUACCUCGCCCCAGAGGUCCUGCUCAACCAGGGCUACAAUCGCUCGCUGGACAUGUGGUCCGUGGGCGUCAUCAUGUAUGUCAGCCUCAGCGGGACCUUCCCUUUUAACGAGGAUGAAGAUAUCAAUGACCAGAUACACAAUGCUGCCUUCAUGUACCCUUCCAACCCCUGGAAACAGAUUUCUUGUGAUGCCAUUGACUUGAUCAACAAUCUGCUGCAAGUUAAGAUGAGGAAGCGCUACAGCGUUGACAAGAGUCUUAGCCAUGCUUAUUUACAGGACUAUCAGACAUGGCUGGACCUGCGAGAGCUGGAGACCAAGUUGGGGGAGCGUUACAUCACCCACGAAAGCGACGACAGCCGCUGGCAGUCUUUCGCCCACCAGUACACUCUGACAUAUCCCGCUCACCUCGUACCCCCGUUGCCGUCACCCGCCUCAGAUGACGAAGAGGGAAGGGACGACACAGACGUGCAAGGCCUCACAGAGCGCGUCAGCAUCCUCUGAAGGUCCGCCGGGCUUUAGAAGUUGUUCUGUUAACAGUGUUUACACAGUCAUCACCAUUAUCAGCUGUAUGACAGCACUUUGUUUGUCAAGGCGUAAUUUCAUCCAGGCAGUCUAAUUCAAAUAGUUUUCUCCUCUAAUUGCUUUUUGAAAUGUUGAAAAUGUUUCAUCAAGUACCGGGAGUAUUUGCAGAUAACUGACAGAAUAAAUCCAGAAGUAAAAGUAAACUAUAAAGAAAAUAAUACAAUUAUGAGUGGCCAAACAUUUACAAUACACAUUCAGUCGCUAACUGAAGUUUGUCCUUUCAAAAUGCUUUUAAACUAAGGAUGUCCCGUUUCGUUUUGAGAAUCUGCCGAUACAGAGUCCCGAUCCGAUACCGGGAAGGAAAAAAGUUUUUGUUUUUAUUUGAACAAAAGUUCCAAACAUGUUACAGUACUUUACUUUUUACAGUACUUCUUCCGCUUUUUCCUGGAGUGUUGCGGACUAUAAAACGUAUAUAUUUUUGUAUCUUUUGGCAAUGCCAUUUCUGAAUUACUUUACUUUUUAGCUCUUAAAAUGAUCAUGUAAAUUAAGCCUGAACGAUAUUGGAAAAAACUGACAUUGCGAUAUAUAGAUUUCCAAGGUUCAACACUUACUUUUUGCAUUGGUUGCACUUUUUUCUCAAGGUGCCCCAGCACAAAACGUAGGCGCACCCACAUUUUUCAUUGUAUCACCUUUAACGCCAUACUUUAAAUCACUCUUCAUAACAUCCAUUCAUCUUCUGAACCACUUAUCCUCACAAGGGUUGCAGAGGUGCUGGAGCCUAUCACAGCUAACUCAAUGCAGAAAGCGGGUUACACCCUGAACAGGUUGCUAGCCAGUCGCCGGCCAAAUGUAGGCACACAACCAUUCACGGACACAAUCACACCUACGGACAAUUUGGAGUGUUCAAUCAGCAUACCAUUUAUGUUUUUUUGGGAGGUGGAGCCAGGAUUGAAUCUACAAUCCUAGAACUGUGAGGUGGACGUGCCACCACUGUCUCACCGUGCCGCCUUCAUAACGUGAAUGACCUUUAAGCAGGAAUAAUGUAGAAAAAUGCUUGUCUUUAUUCUUCAUUGAGUAAAGCCUGAGUUAUGCUUCUGCAUUGCGGUGACGGCGAAGUGACUACGGCGUCAAUGAGCAUUCGAUAGUUCUGCAGUGAGGGAACGCGUUGCUGUGUAAUUCACCGCCAAGUUACUAGAGGUGUGCGGCGUUAUAUUUGUACGGUAUUGGGGCAUGCUUGUUGACUUCUUCUUGUCUAGUUUAACGGGAAAAAAAUAAAUAAACAAUACAAGAUGGAACGCUUGAAUGUGGAUCUUCAGUUCAUCAACAUUGAAUAAAUGUUGAUCAUACAAAUGUUGAGGCGCAGAACAUUUCAGGGCGGUCUGUCCGACUUUUGAUGCCGCAUAGAGUUCUAGCCUCGGGUGGAAACCAGCAAUCUGUGGCGGCUAGCUUCAAACUGCCGUCGAGCACUGCAUUCAGCGUUUUUUUCCGAGGUCUGCAAAGCCCUCCAACCCGAUUUGUUUACGGUGUCCUACAACCAGCCAGUGGGAAGCCAUAGCAGAUUUCUGGCAUCUAUGGAACUUCCCAAACUGCGUUGGAAGCCUUGAUGUUAACGUUGUCAUAAAAGCACCGAGGCACUCUCAAUCAGUGAUGAUGUAUCGUGUGUGAACUGUCUGUUGUUUAAAAUUUAACAUCAAAACAACUCUUUGACAACAAACCUGUGCUUUGUUCUUUAUAUACUUGAGGUGUGACAUUUAAAUAAGUCACCGACUCACAGCAAACAUAUGUACACAAUAAAUGAUGAAGUGCACCAACCAAAAUGAUAAAAAGCUGGCAUUUUUUGGCCGACUGGGUCACCGCUUCGUGUGGCCAUUCGAUUCCGAACACACACAUACUUGUCUCGGUGGUUCUUCCAUUUUGUUCAAUCGCUGGCUGACCUCCAGCUCCGUAUUAUCAGCAAUCUCCUUCCACGAAUUUCUUGCCAUUUGGCAAUCUUCAUAAUGUCUUGACGAGACAUUGUAGAAGUUGUCGUACUUGCUCUUCGUUGAUACUCUCGUCGGCUCGGUCAAUUUUUGCGUGUGUAGAAAAAUUAUGUUCGAUAAUGGCGGUGAUUUCGCGCUGAACCGCAAACAACAGUCUGAGCGAACCAAUCACAGUCCAUUUCCACUACGUCACACGCGUUGACGCGAAGUCGGAAAAUUGAGAAGGAGCAGGAGAGGCUACGGCGCAGGGUCGUAAAUCGGGUCGUCUUUGACGGCGCAGGUCUGACGUGGGAGCAUAACUCGGCCUUAAGAUCACGCAAAUUCACUCAUGCUGCCGAGAGCAGCCUCUCUACAAGAACAUUGACUAAACGAUGAUUAACACAUUUGUGCCUUUAAUCGUAGAGCUACUGAGCUUUCUCUCGCUAGAUCAGAGCAACAAACCUGUCCAUCAUCAUUAACUUUAAGUGCCAAUGGCCAGCUGCACUGGUGACCAAAAAAAAUGCAGCAGAGGGAGGGUGAGAGGCUGUACGAGCAUGAAGCAGAAAAACAUAAAUAUAUUUUUUUUAAUCAAAAUCCCGAUCCUUUUCGCCUGAUGCCGAUCCUCUAAAAAAUGGUGCAAUUGGCCCUAUUUUCGAUCACGUGUACCUGAUCGGGACAUCCCUAUUUUAAAAUAUGCCGAAAAUUUCAGCAAGCUCACACAUUUUGCUGUUUUCAUGUACAUUGUCAGUUUCAAGUUAAUUUAUCAAAGUGUGUGAGUAUGACCAAAAUGCAUUUCUUAUAGCAUAGCAUCUACUUAGUAGGUUGAAGUUCAAUGAAAAGGGCUCUUAAUGGUGAUAUUGACUCACAGUAGUGUACAAAAGAAUAAUGUUCCCAUCAGAUUGAUCCAUAAUAAUCCAUAAAAGCAAUCAGUUGGAUUUAUUUUGUAAUAUAACUACCUGAAUCUUAGCCCCACUUAAUGAUAAAAAUAGUAGUUUCUUUAUUAUUAUGCUUUCAAAUGACUCAACAUUUGCGCUGCUGUGGUCUGCCCAUAAUGGUCCUGUCCAGCUGGAAGUAUUGAUUAGGCGACAGCACGUCUUCCUGUAAUUAACACAUGUCCUAAUCAUACAUCUUAAUGUUCCUGCCAUGAAAAUGUUAGGAUUUAGUUUUCUCAUUUCUGCCCAUUUUACUCAUUCACUUCCAUUGACAGCGAUCCGUUUAAACUUAGAGGGGCUGGCAGUGUUUUGCUGCAAUUCAUUCAUGGGACAUCCAUCGCCAUGAACUGGAUGGCUGUUGCCAUCAAUGACUUACAUGGCACAAAAAUGUGCCCUCUUCUUUGUAAUAAAUCUUUUGUUGUGUAUGUGUUGUAGCAUUAUUAUUGAUUAUCUGCCUUGUCAAUAGGUUUCAUGUUUUUGCGUAGAACAAUGUGGUAGAAUUAGUGUAAAACAGUGUUGUUUUUAUUAUAAGCAUGUGUACCCUGAAGUCUAUGUAGUGUCCAUUUUAUCUACAUACUUGGACAAUGAUGGUGAUGCUUAGACUGUAGCACAAUACAAACCAUGAAGAAUAUUGACUCUUGUUCUGUCUUUUUUAUGUAUCGCUUUAUAUAAAAUGCAAGAUAAGAUGCAAAUAAACAAACACUAGCGCAACCUGCCACCAAGGCAAAAGUACUGCAACAUAACAACAUGUUAAAAGCGUCACAGUCACCUUAAUAAUACUGUUUUGACAGCUGAGUUGGCUCUUUGUCUUUUUCCUUUUAGUCAUCAGAUAUCAGCAGACAGCGGUUUAUUAUCAAGUAGUUUCGAUCUGAAAAUCCUUUCAGCCCAGUGAACGCUUGUUAUGUGCAAACAAACCUUGUUAUUAUGUAUGGACUUAUCAAAACAAAACAAAAAAUAUUAAGUUUAGUUCUCUAAAUUGUAGAUGUAUAAAAUUCAAAUUUUAAUGCCAAUUGUGUGUCCGUGAAGCCCUGAGGGAUCUUUUGGUGAUUUUGGGGCUGCAUAAACUUGAAAAAUGAUUACUGAGCGCGCAGAGAGGACAAACCGGGGCCGUUUACAUUGUGACACCAAGACGCAACAAAUGGGUUGCGGAAUGGCCUCGCCUUUACAUGGUGACUGCAAGAACGCAAACUUUUGAUUCCGGCCUCAAAAUCAGAACGAUUUUACUGUUGCUCCGCAACAGUGUUGUUUUUAGCAACCCUUUUAAUUUUCAUAAUAGUAUUCAGGACGAAAAUACUUACUUGUCUUAGUCAUAUU